AUGAAAACAGAAACACUCAGACAGGUGGCGCUGUGGCCCCCCGUGUUGCUCCUGGCGCUGGUCUCCGUCUCCUCGUGCUGCCGCCAGGCCGCGAGCACGGAGUGUGGGAGUCCUCCGUUCGUCCCGGGUCACAACCUGGUGGGCGAGGGUUUCGACAUCGUACACAUGAAGACCACGGGGGCGUUCGUGGUGGACAUGCAGACGUACGUGAGCGGCGGCGCCCACGGGAACUGCACCGUCUGUACCAACUCGCUGCUCGGGCAGAAGGAGCAGAAGAUCCCGGCCGCCGUCACCGACUGGCGCGUGAAGGUGAACUGCAAACGCAGCAUUCAGGCUAAAGUCUUCGAGUCCAGCAUCAGUGUGGUGCAGGAGAGCACCAGUACAACCUCGCUGGGGUGGAAGGUGGGGCUCGGGAUACCCCUGGUGGCGGGCGUGGCUGUCGGUGGCACCCUCUCCAAAUCCUCCAAGUUCGCACAAGAGCAUUCCACCAAGGACAAAUAUUUCUACACCAGCCACAAAUUCUCCUGCAGCUACUACUCUCUCCGGGUUCGUACUAAUCCACCUCUGACCAAAGAGUUCCUGGGUUCCAUCCAGGCUCUUCCUCAAGCCUUCAACAACCAGUCCAAACCUGCGUUCCAGCACUUCAUCUCCGUCUACGGCACUCACUUCCUGAGGCAGGUGAAUCUGGGCGGCCUCGUGCAUUCCACCACCGCCGUUCGUACCUGCGAGGUCUCCAUGAAAGGUCUCUCCGUCCACGAUAUCGGGAUCUGUCUCUCCAGAGAGGCGUCGGCCAAUAUCGAGGGCGUCGAGGUUAAAGGUCAGGCCAGCUUCUGCCACCAAAGGAGCAAGAAACUGGAGCGCGGGAAGAACUUCAGCGGCUCCUUCAUGGACCGUGUGACGAAGGUUUUGGGAGGUGCCGGAGGGAAUGCCGACCUCCUGUUCUCCCCCGGUAAACAGAACGGCUACGCUGCAUGGCUGAAGGAGCUGAAGACCAGUCCCGGCGUGGUAUCGUACCGCCUGUUGUCCCUGCACAUGCUGGUGAAGAACGACGGGGUCAGAAGAGCCGCGCUGGGGCAGGCCAUCACCGAUUACAUCGUCAGUAACCGUAUGGUCCAGUCCUGUUCCUCCAAGUGUAAAACCGGCCACCGCAGCCCCCAGUGCUCCUGCAAGUGCGGCGGGCACGGCAAAAUCAGCUCCGACUGCUGCCCGACCGAACCCGGGGUGGCAGAGCUGACCGUCACGGUCCUGCGUGCCAGUGGACUUUGGGGGGAUUACUUUAGCAAAACCGACGGCUACGUCAAAGUGUUCUACGAUAAAAAAUCCGACAUGACCCCCGUCAUCUGGAACAAUAACUUCCCCCAGUGGAACCACGUGGUUCGGUUCGGAACCGUGGACCUGACCAAGAGAGUGAGCCUGAAGUUGGAGGUUUGGGAUCGAGACAACCGAUGGGACGACGAUCGUCUGGGCUCAGGAACCCUGAUUCCCAAAAAUGAGAAGAACAAGAAGCACCAGAUCCGUCUGAAACACGGCAUGCUCUUCUUCUCCAUCAACGCCAGCUGUGCUCCACAUCUGGAGGGAGAGUUCUGUCAGAGCUACUCAGCCUCACCCGAAUCCAGCGGCCGUCUCACCUACGCCGAGGAGCUGAGGAACCCGCCGUACACCUUUCUGCAGGAGAAGAACGCCGGUGCUCGGGGCCACGGGGUCCUGUAG